GCCGCCGCCGCCACCGCCACUCGCCAUUUCAUUCGGCACCGCCAGAAGUGACGUGACGCCCCGGCGGAGCCCGUUGGCGGCUGGGGGCCGUGGGGCGGGACGUCCGGGGCGGGCUCUGGGCGCCCUGUGCGGAAGGGUCCGGCCCGGCCCAGGUCGGAACAAAGCGGCAGCGGCGCGGCAGGCCCGGUAUGGCGGCGCGGCCGGCCCGGCUCCGCCUCUGGCUGCUCCUGCAUCUGCUACCGCAGGUGUACUGUGAGUAUGGGAUGGUACAUGUCCUUUCAGAGAAGGGGAGCAGCAAAGGAAAAGACUACUGUAUUCUCUUCAAUUCUCAGUGGGCCCAUUUGCCACAUGAUCUGGGUAAAGCUUCACUCUUGCAACUGCAGGAUCAGACAGCGUCUGUUUUGUGUUCUCCUUCUGAUGUACCUGAUGGGGGAUUUAAUAAUCAAAUACCCAUGGUGAUGAGAGGAAAUUGCACCUUCUAUGAGAAAGUGAGGCUUGCUCAGAUAAAUGGGGCUCGUGGACUGCUAAUUGUUAGUAGAGAGAGACUGGUUCCUCCUGGAGGUAAUAGGAGUCAGUAUGAAGAGAUUGAUAUUCCUGUGGCUCUGCUUAGCUAUACUGAUAUGUUAGAUAUUGGCAAGAGUUUUGGCAGCUCAGUGAAAGGAGCAAUGUAUGCACCAAAUGAACCUGUGCUGGACUACAACAUGGUGAUUAUCUUUGUCAUGGCUGUGGGGACUGUUGCAAUUGGAGGCUACUGGGCAGGAAGCAGAGAUGUGAAAAAGAGGUACAUGAAGCACAAGCGUGAUGAUGGGGCAGAGAAGCAUGAUGAUGAAACAGUGGAUGUGACUCCCAUAAUGAUCUGUGUGUUUGUAGUGAUGUGCUGCUCAAUGCUCGUCCUCCUUUAUUUCUUCUAUGACCACUUAGUCUAUGUUAUAAUAGGAAUAUUCUGCCUGGCUGCCUCGAUUGGUCUUUACAGUUGUCUGUCUCCCUUUGUAAGAAGAUUCCCCUUGGGAAAGUGUAGAAUCCCAGACAACAACUUGCCUUAUUUUCACAAGCGUCCCCAGGUUCGGAUGUUGCUCUUGGCAGUAUUUUGUAUCUCUGUCAGUGUAAUCUGGGGAAUCUUCAGAAAUGAAGAUCAGUGGGCCUGGGUUCUGCAAGAUGCUUUAGGAAUUGCUUUCUGUCUCUACAUGUUGAAAACAAUUCGCCUGCCUACAUUUAAGGGUUGUACCUUACUCCUCCUGGUUCUUUUUGUGUAUGAUGUAUUCUUUGUAUUUAUCACGCCCUUUCUAACAAAGACUGGGGAAAGUAUAAUGGUGGAGGUGGCUGCAGGCCCAUCUGAUUCUGCCACUCAUGAAAAGCUCCCAAUGGUCCUGAAGGUUCCACGACUGAAUUCCUCACCGUUGGCUCUGUGUGACAGGCCUUUUUCUCUCCUAGGAUUUGGAGACAUUUUAGUUCCAGGCUUACUGGUAGCCUAUUGCCAUAGAUUUGAUAUUCAGGUGCAGUCAUCCAGAGUCUAUUUUGUAGCCUGCACAAUAGCAUAUGGCAUAGGUCUUCUUGUGACCUUUGUUGCCUUGGCACUGAUGCAGAUGGGCCAGCCUGCUCUCCUCUACCUGGUGCCCUGUACUCUGCUCACCAGCUUCGUGGUGGCCCUUUGGAGAAGGGAGCUUGCCAUGUUCUGGACGGGCAGCGGCUUUGCGAAAGACCUACCUCAGCCUCCCGUGGUGAUAGCUCCUGUCAACUGCCCUCAGCUUCCCAAAGACAGCAGUGUACCAGCCUCUCAACAAGACACACAACAAAUGACCAAUCCCACCCUCCACGUGAAGGAGCUGCAUGGCUGUGCCUCGGCUGAAGAGGAGCUGGCUGAUACCAGCACAAAGACAAACCAGUCAGAAAUCUCUAUUGCCCACAGUGAGGAACCAGCUGCUCAAAAUAAGGAUGACCUUGAAAGCAAAUGCCUAAAUGCAGAACAACACCAUUUGGAAUAAGUGAUGUGAUAAGAACUCCUUCUUUUCCCUCACAAACAUAUCUAUAUAAAACCAGUAUGUAUUUAGGACUGGUUUAGUAGGGUUUGCUUUCAUUGAGGAACCUCCCUAGGAGUCCGAUCAUCAAAUCCAACAAGGAAUGUUCUGUCUCCAGCUUUGGUACAGCUAUAUACUUAAAACAUCUUUCUGAAAUAUGGUGCUCUCCAGGAGUUCUGAUGUGUGGGUUUCAAUGAUCACUUGUUAGUGAAUGCCUUUGACCAUUUGUUCCAUUUGCAUUAUAGCAGGGUAGCAUCAAGAGUAUUUACUCAGUACUCUGUGCUUGUUUGGCUGUUUCACUGCUUUACCAUGGUGUAGGUUAACAUGAAGGAAAAUAUUGAAUGAGUCUGCUACAAUGCUUACUUGAGAGAAAUAUGGUCUCUUUUUUUUUUUGGCACUUUCCAUAUUGUCACCAUUUACUUUACUUCUCCUGACUUGUCAAAGCCAUUGAUAUAAGGGAAUGCAUUAUUAUAAACUGACAUUCAGGAAAUGCAGAGAAUGGUUAAAUUACCAUUACUCCAAAAGGCUUUAUGAUACCAUGGUGCAUUAAAUGCAUCUCUUGACUUUUUUGUCUUUGUUUUUACUUCUAGGUACCUGUGCUACUAGUUUAGUUUAAAAGGCAGGGUGAGUAGAGCUCCAGGAAGCCUUCUAGGCAUUCAUGUGAACUCUGAGGGCUCUGAUAAUAAACAGGGUUGGUCACAGAAUGCUGCCUGAAAGCAAAUGCAUAUUAGGAAUGUUUAGAAAUAAAAUAUAAGCCAAAUAGAUUAAAAAAAUAGGUAGUACUAUACUAAGCUUAACAGGCAGUAUUUUCAUUGGGAAAAUGUUAAAGCGUAAAUGUUCUUAUGUUUGGGGCUUUAAGCUUCUUUUGUUGUUCAUUCAAGGAAUAUAAUUGUGAUUUCUAAUUCUGAA